AUGGCGAGCCACGAAACCGACCCGUCCCCUGCCGCCCCCUCCAAGAAGAAGAAGAGGCACUCCAAGAAGCGCAAGGCCAUCGAAGUCACUGUAGAUGCCUCCUUUCCUGGCGCCGCCGCCCCCGUCGUCGGCUACUUUCCGACGGGCUACGACCCCCUUGCGGCCGCAGAGCCCCCACGUGCGCGGUUGUUCCGCCACGAGAAGCACCAUAACCGCGUCGAGCUAGUGGUCCGCGCCCCUGGUGGAGGCCCCGACUUCGUCGGCCGGAGCUACGCCGGCGAGGCCGCUGCGCCGCAGCUCUGCGGCUACGCCCUCGGCGUCCUCGACAAGGCCACCAGCACUCUGAAGAUUGUCCCCAUCGCCUCCAACAAGAUUUUGAGGCUAGAGCCACACUUUGAAGUGCAGCAACCGGCUCAUUCACAACAGUCAGCAGCAGAAGCAGGUUCUUCUGUAGCAGAUACUGAAUUGAACAGACAAGAUCUUACCCAGGCUUAUGGGACCAAGAAAGAUAAGGAUAAGGAUAAUAAGUGGAAGUCACUAAAAGAACAAAGGAAUGACCCUUCUGCUUAUUUGGACCUUGAUCUUGGAGAGUCCAAGACCACUGCAGAUGCCACUGAUAGUCAGGCAUCAAUGGAAGUUCGCAACAUUCCACCUUAUGAUCCUGCUGCAGAUACAUCUGAAAAGGCAUAUCUUUUUGAUGAGAUCAUUCCAAAAAAUAUACGGCCACACCUUCUUGAUAUUGUGGGACACUUUGAAUCGGGAGAAUUUGGUUUGAAAGGCUAUGGGAGUUUUGUCUCGAAUCGUGUGAAUAAGUUGCAGGAACUUCAGGGUGAAGAUCAGGAAAGGCUUGCUUGGAUACUAUCCUAUAUCACACAUCUCCUGUCCUUGUUGGCGCGCAACAGCUCCAUGUCCAAGCAGAAAAGAAAAGAAAAAGACCAGACCAUCCGUGGACCAAUGAUCCCACAGGCGGUGCACCGCAAGCUGUUGCUGAUGUUCACGGAGCCAGGGUCUUCUUCCUUGUCGACAGAGAAACACGAGCUUCUGAUCAAUUACAUUUUAGUACUCACACUUUUUGCUGAUGACUUCAGAUCUGAACCUACGGAUAUAUGUGCGGACUUGAAAAUGAACCGCCAGAUGCUUAAACCAUAUUAUGACCAGCUGGGAUGCAAGUCCGUGUCAACAGGUGCUUUUAAACCAGUUUUUAUGACACUUCCAGCACCCCUCAAGUUCCCACAACAAGUCACAAGGAGAAGGCGGCGAAAAUAA